CGACUAGAGAUCCCGUGGCUUUUAAUUCCCUCACUACUUUUUUUUUUAACUCUCCUUCGAAUUGCCCCGUUAUUACCAUUUAUCUGAGGCGUUCAUUUCCGCACCUGCCACGGUAGAGACCAAGCUAAGGCGAAGUAGAAGAGGAGACAAGGACAUUGCGAGAGCCGGGAGAGGCAGACGGUAGAGAUAGCAGCGGUGACCCGUUUGAGAUCUUAAAGGACAAAAAUGCUGCUCUGGACCAAAAUCGUUUUGGUCGGUCUCAUCUGCUUGUCCUUGGUAUCCUCUGGGAUGGGAUGCGGACCGGGCAGGGGCUACGGCAGGAGAAGACAUCCGAAGAAGCUGACACCUCUUGCGUACAAGCAGUUCAUCCCCAACGUGGCGGAGAAGACCCUCGGGGCAAGCGGCAAAUACGAAGGCAAGAUCACAAGAAACUCCGAGCGAUUUAAAGAACUGACUCCCAAUUAUAACACAGACAUCAUAUUCAAGGAUGAGGAGAACACCGGUGCUGACAGGCUAAUGACUCAGAGAUGUAAAGACAAGCUGAACUCGUUGGCCAUCUCAGUGAUGAACCAGUGGCCCGGAGUGAAGCUGCGGGUCACUGAGGGCUGGGACGAGGACGGACACCACUUAGAGGACUCCCUUCACUAUGAGGGCAGGGCCGUGGACAUCACCACUUCAGACAGAGACAAGAGCAAAUACGGCACUCUGUCCAGGCUGGCGGUGGAAGCCGGAUUUGACUGGGUCUAUUAUGAAUCUAAGGCCCACAUCCACUGCUCCGUGAAAGCAGAAAACUCAGUGGCAGCAAAGUCAGGCGGCUGCUUCCCAGGAUCCUCCACGGUCACUCUUCAGGAUGGCACCGAGAAAGCAGUCAAAGAUCUCAGAAGCGGCGACAGGGUCCUGACAGCAGAUGACGACGGAAAUCUAAUUUACACGGACUUCAUCAUGUUUAUAGACCAAGAUUCGACGAUGAGGAGGAUCUUCUAUGUGAUCGAAACUGACUCGGGCCAGAAAAUAACCCUCACCGCCGCGCACCUCCUUUUCGUCAGCCACAACAGCUCCGCCGAGGCGGAGAGGGGGAUGUCUGCGAUUUUCGCCAGCCAAGUCCAGCCUGGACAGAAAGUGUUCGUCUUCCAUGGCGAGCGAAGUCGACUUGAGCCUGUGACCGUAAAACGGAUUUACACGCGGAGUCAUGAAGGCUCCUUUGCGCCCGUGACCGCGCACGGGACCAUCGUGGUGGACGAGGUCCUUGCGUCCUGUUACGCAGUGAUCGAAGACCACGACCUGGCGCACUGGGCCCUGGCACCUGUCAGGCUCGCCCACUGGGUGUCCUCAUUUCUUUUUAGCUCCCAGCCCCCAAGCAGUGCACAAAACGAAGGCGUGCACUGGUACUCCAAAAUCCUUUAUCAAUUAGGGACAUGGCUCUUGGACAGCCACUCGAUCCAUCCACUUGGAAUGUCAGUAUAUCCAAGUUGAAACAGCUACAACAGGAACAGAACGAGACUUUAAAUGUAGGACACACGAACUAUUCAGUAGAUUAAAAAUAAAAUAAUAAUAAUUAAAAAAGCGAACAGACAGACAUGACAAAGGCCCCAGCGGAGUUGGGAUAUUUAUUUCAGUGACUUUUUCAUGAUGUGUCCCCUUUCAAAGAAUGAAUGGAGCCUUAAAAAGUUUCUCUUUGAAUAAUUUAUUCUCAUGUGAACUCUGCUGCUGUCACAUAAAUGGAUUCUGAAACAGUGUGAGCAGCAAAUUGUGCAUAAUCUAUUUUUGUAAAUAUUAAAUGCAAAAAAAGAAAGAAAAAUGAAGAAAAAAAAGAAAAAACGGGAAAAAAUCACACAGAGAAAGAAGAUCAUGUA